AUGGCCUCCCUUCACAAAGAAACAAGCUCCCUCAGUCACACGGCAAAGGUGGAAGAUUUGUUCACCUUUAGUUCUCUACUAGGCGACGCUGAGGCCUUCCACCUGGACGAAAUCCGUGACGCAUACGACGCCGACCUCGCCGGUACAGGUACUAUCUGGGCCGAAGAGCCGCCGGGUGUCGAGCGCUGCAAGUCGCCGUUAAAAUCGUUUCGGAAGCGGAUGCUGCACAAUGCUAUCGAGGAAGGGAAUUACGCAAUGGCAGAGACGCUGCUGCGUCUCAGUCGGGAUCUGAGGCUAGAUUCGAGUCGGGACAGCAUAGCCUCUGGGGGUCUCACAUAUCUACAGUUCGCCCUUUGUAAUGGUCAAGGUCGCAUAUUAGAUGCACCGCUCGCAGCGGGCCUGUAUAUCAUUGCUGCGGAUGAAAGGGAUAUGACGCCUCUGCACAUGACGUGCAUGGGAAGCGACAGAAUGAUGAUUAAGCGUCCAAUAGAUUGUAAAUUGGUUGAUGCCAAUGCGUUGGAUAAGAAGGGUAGUACGACUUUAUAUAUCUUACUCGAAUGUGGAGCGGGAGGGGUAUCCGUUGACGACGAUGCAAAUGUUGAGCUGUGUUGGCUUCCCCUCUCCCGAGGUGCCUCGCUCGACGCUCUCGACAACGAUGGAAAUAUGACACUCCACAUGGCCUGCAAAUCAUGGGAUGUGAGGCUCAUAAACUCUCUGAAUGAGAAGAUAUACAAUGUGGAUGCCAUGAAUGGGAUGGGGAUUAUCGCCCUUCAUUGCCUUUCUAUGUGGGUUAGCGUUGGGAGCGAUCAGUGGAGCACGAGAAACGGCCAGGCGGUCACGGUGGAGCUGCUGCUGGAGCACGGGGCAAAUCCCAAAACGAGGAUGGAUCCGCACAAUAACAACAGAAGAAUACUGGGGGAGGUUUUCGGGAACCCUCCCGUCAUGGCACAAGGCGAUGGGGCAGCAUUCUCACAUGACGAGCCCAACACGCAACAUCCUGGGUCUGACUUCAAGUCGACGAUCCACUAUCUGCUUGAAGCGGGGGCGGAUCCGAAAUUUAAGGGAUGCGAUGAGUCUGCCAUUGAAGCGGGCAUUCUCCGUAACAUAUCUACGGGAAUCUUUCUUCAACUUCUCCAAGGAGGUGCAGAUCCCUACGACAAAGGCCACUGCGAUUACCACGCCUUCGGUCUAGCCUUAGUACAAGGUUUCUCAGACAAGCUUCUCCGUCCACUGGAAUUCAUAAAGAGUCAUGCUUGCCAAGGCCACUGGCUGCAGAUACCCACGGAUCUCGACUUUUCACGGCCAGAAGCAGGGAUUCAGCUUGUGCUAGGCUGUCUCCCGCAAGUUGGCCUGAUCAACUUUAAGUACGACAAAGGCGAAACUAUGCUGCAUGGCGCUGUGAGCAAGGACAACCUAAAUCUGGCGGAAUCACUGCUCGAUCACAGCGACGAUGUCACCUUCGAAGACAUGUACUACGGCGCGCCACUGCACAAGGCCGUCGGCCGAAUCCGUGAUCUCCAUCAGGCGGAACUGAGGAGGGAGGUGCGGGAAGAUUUCCAGCUUGCGAAUGUGGCCAUGUAUAAUCCCACGAUGCUCCUAGAUCUGGGGGCACUUAUCACUGCCGUCGCUGGCAAUUUCAUAGUAGAACACGCUGCUAGGUCUUCUAGGCACGAGGAGCUUUGGGAGCGGCUGAGGAAAAGUUUAAGCGCUGGUGUUGAGAUGAAGGUGUAG